AUGACAUCCAUUGUGAGCACCAUUGGGAACGAGAAACGAUCUUAUAGAAAAUAUACUGCUACUCCAAGAUACUACAACCGCAAAUGUGUUGUUAAUCUGGCUCUUUUCAUACUAGCCAACGCUGUGUGCUUUUACUGCACGAACAACUAUCUCAAAUGGACGACGCCGAAAAAAAGCGCGAUCGAAGCCAUUUUUUUCACAGCCCUCUUACUUAUUAUUCGAAAUCCACCUGUUGAGUCUCUGCGUGUCUUCAGGGGCGCAGGAAUCCAGGUGUCGACCAUGCGAGGGUGUGUGCUGUUGCCAAAAGCAUUGAACAACAAAUGGCUGGAGAAAUCUUAUUUCAUUCCCAAGGACAACAUAGUUGACAUUAUUAUCAAUGAGGCAUUUUUCAAAGGGUUUCAGGUGAACUUCUACCUGGCAGUUAUCCUUAAGGACAUUACUGACCUGCAAUUGGUCUUCCCAGUAUGUUAUAAUAAAUCUGAAAAGUCAAUUAGGAUCACAGCGAGCUCAGGAUUACUAACACUAACAACAGACAACAAGACCCAGACUAAACGACUUGAAACAUGUCUACAAUGA